UCCACUAAUUGUUGAGAAUGUUUAUGUUUUGGAAAAAAUAAGAGAAAAUGUUUCUGUGAAAAGUGUCAAGUAAGUAUAUUAGGUAUACAAUUAGUUUCUUGUAAGUGAUAUAACUUAUUUACUCAUAUGUUUUUAUUUCAUUAUGCUACUGUAAUUUAUCCAUACCUGAUAAUGAAUUAUUUGAGAAAUUCGGUAUGGGAAAGGUACAAGAAGAAAUGGCUGUCACUUAUGUUUUGGAUAUUGUUUACUUAAUUUAAUUUUAGUACUUAUAAGAUUGUCAACAUCAUAACUCACAAGCUAAUGAGAAUGUAAGUUCUAUUUUUUUAAUUUGUAAAACUCAUUUGAUUAGACAUAAAUUUUCAUAGUUAAAUACCUAAAAGCGUUUAAAACGAAUUCUAGAUGAAAGUCUGUAACAAUUUGGGAAUUUCAGUGCAUAUAAAUUAAAAAUUUUAUACAAUACUGUUUUUUCAGGACGUUAAGCGCUCAGUCACCCAUCUACAAGGGGGAGCAAUGGGUACUGCAGAAAUCAUUGUUUUUAAGGGGGACAAAGGAGAACCAGGACCUUCUGGCCCACCAGGUCUUCCAGGCUAUGAUGGUCGAAGUGGACUGCCAGGAGAGCCAGGUCCACCAGGUGAACUGGGACCAGUUGGACCUCCAGGACCAAAAGGGUCUCUUGGGAAAACUGGGUUGCCAGGAGCAAAGGGCACUAAAGGAGAGAGAGGUUUCAUGGGUGCCCCUGGACUACCAGGACUAGUUGGAAAACCAGGCUUACCUGGUAUUCCUGGAGAAAAAGGAGAUAAAGGGUUAACAGCAAUGUUAGAUGGAAGUUCUUUUCCUGGUGGACUUAUAGAGGGUCCUCCUGGUCUACCAGGUCCAAUUGGACUUCCUGGAAGAAAGGGUGAAGUUGGUCCAACAGGUCUACCUGGAAAAUGGGGAGAGAAAGGUGAAAAAGGUGUUCAGGGCAAGAGGGGAAAGCGUGGGAGACAUGGGAAGUUCGCAGGAAGAGGAAAGCGUGGUCAUCCUGGUCCUAAAGGUGACAUUGGCCUUUCAGGACCUAAAGGAGCCAAGGGUAACAUUGGUCUACCUGGUAUUCAGGGUGACAUUGGACCAGCAGGAUUACCUGGUAGUGAUGGAAAAACUGGAAACCCUGGACCUCAAGGACCUCCAGGAUUACCUGGACAGCCAGGACCAAGAGGUGAUAAAGGGAUCAUGGGACCUCCUGGUCUUAUGGGUCCACCUGGGCUACCAGGUCCACCAGGUAAAGCAGGCAAGGAUGGAAAUAAAGGUGAAAAGGGUGUGGUGUCUCCUGUGAGAUACAUCCAACAGAUUAAUGGUAGCUUAGAAGGCACAAAGGAAUUUGUUAUAGGCCCUCCAGGACCUCCUGGUCUUCCAGGAUUAAGAGGAGCACAAGGUCCUCCAGGAAUGAAGGGUGACAAGGGGACACAUGGGGAAAAAGGUGACCGUGGUGAAGAGGGAGAAAGGGGUAAUCAUGGACCCAUGGGAUUACCUGGUCCAAGGGGAUCACGAGGUGAAAGUGGGAUUGAUGGAGUACCAGGAGAGAUGGGUCCUAAAGGAGAUAAGGGUGAUAUGGGAUCUCCUGGUAUGGUGGGAAGAAGAGGGAAGAAAGGUGAUAAAGGAGAACCAGGUGAUCGGGGUGUUCCUGGUUUAGAUGCCCCCUGUCCUCUUGGCCCUGAUGGUCUUCCUUUUGCUGGCUGUGGGUGGACGCCUCCUAAUAAG